AUGACUGCCAGAAGACUUACCAAUCCCUCGACCUCUCUAGACCAGGUUGUUACCUCAUCUAGCCCUCCAAGAUCCGUUCCCACCGAAUUCAAGCGUCCGAACCCAUCUACCAAGGAAACAACAAAGCCUUUGCCUGUCCCAGAUCAGAAAACCGAGAAGCCCACUAUGGCAACUCAAGGAGUAACAUUUGCGUCUCAGGACAAGCUGCCCAAGCUGCCGAUCCCAGAUCUGGACAAGUCAUGCAACAAGUACCUUGCAUCUCUUAGACCCUUGCAGUCUGCUAGGGAACAUGCAGAGACCGAAGCCGCUGUGCAGGAAUUNUUGAGAGCUGAAGGUCCUGAGCUUCAGGAAAAGCUCAAGAAGUAUGCCACAGGCAGAUCCAGCUACAUUGAACAGUUCUGUAUGUUUGCAACUCAACUCACUCUNUGGCAUCUCAUCCUCUGA